AUGCUGCGGCUCGCUGUCGAGGAGCUGGAGAAGAGCCGGGCGUUGGUCAGCUCUAAAAUGAUAGCCGAUCAUUUGAGACGAUUGUAUCCAAUUGAACUCAGCCCGGAGGUACUGAAGAUUGAGUUGAAGGACAAACUCGAUCAUGCCGUUUCGAUUGGCAUUUUAUCGAGAUGUAGGAAGGAUGCGUACUGCUGUUCGACUUUUAGACAGGAGGCGUACAACUACAAGACGAAUUUCUCGUCCUUCUGGGAGAGAUAUUACAGAAAAAGACCCGGCCGUCGUCUAAGAUCUUCGAGAUUAACUUUAAGAAAAAAAGCUCCUCCCACCUACUGUCCAGAUUCUUCUGAAGAGAGUGAUUCCGAUUCCUGUUGAAUUCCCCUGAAAAACAAACAAUAAAUUUUCAUUAUUUGAAAAUUUAAACCGCCCAGAAACUACUGUCGGCCGUCAAGCAGGAGACCGUCCUGUCCGGCCACCAGUACAAAUCGAUGCCCACGCAGGGCAUGUGUCAGAUCAAUUUAAAUCCAUCUGCCCCAAUAAUUUUCAACAAUAAACCGUCAAUUGGCUGUUGCAACACCGACCUGUCCACUCCAUAAAUGUGAAAAUCAAAUUCCCCAUCUGCUACAGCGAUUCCUCCGAGGAAAACAUUUCAAGCAUAAAUAAAGAUUUUACGUUGUGUAAUCCCCAAUACGGGAUUAACUUUUCUUGAAGUUUGAAGACCCUUUCCUUUAAAUUCCACCUACGGCUUCUCUCAUUGCAUUCACAAUAAAAUAUCGAUAUCACUGGACUAUCACUAAUUCUCUCUUUAAAUAAUAAAAAAAAAUCCCUCAAUUAUUUACGUUCUGAAACAAUAAAAAAAUAAUUUCAUCAGAACCAACUGUUCUCCCUUUAUCACGUCAUCAUCUUCGAUAAUCAUUCUGCGACGAGAGACAUUCAACAAUUUUAAUUACCGCUGCACAAAUUUAAAUAAAAGGGUCUCCAGAGUCUCCACUCAGCCCUAAUUUCUGUUCAACAUUACCAACGAAAAAUUGAGUCAUAAAUCUUCAGAAUUUCUAAUCGUCUAGAGAAAUCACCCAAUAAUAAUUUAACCCACCAAUCUCCCCCUCAAUCAUUCUAUCAAUUACUCCCACGAAUUACUUCUCCCUCUCCCCGAAAAACAAACUGGACCUCACCGAUAUGCGCACAAUCGAUCGCCAAAGAAAUCAUGAAUUUUUUUUUU